AUGAAGGUUCUUUAUCUGAUAGCGUUUACUUCCUGUAUAUAUCAUUCUAUUCAGCAUGUCAUUCACAAACGAGAUGAUGAAGAUUGUAACUUCUGCGUCCAAGUUGUCCGUAAACCACUUCCGGUUUGGUUUGAAUUUGUACAAAAUACAACUAUAAAACCGGAAGAGACCUGUACCACUUUCUGUAGUCAACUUCCAGAUAUCAGAUCGGCACUUGUCUGUGAUUUAUACUGCCCUCAGUAUCAACUACAUAAUUUCAUAGACUUUAUAAAAGGGUCUUACAAUGACCCUAUCUUCUACUGUCAACAAGCUAAAGAAUGUUUUGGACAAGAUGGUGGUAUGGUGCAUGUUGUCAAUGCUACACUCUUCCCUAACAAUGGAAGCGAAGUUUACAGAUUUUUAGAAUUAAGAUAUGAGAUCACCAAACCUAUUAAUCCGGGACAGUAUAAGAUUAUGGUGAAAACUGUCGAUGGGUUCCCUGUCCAUAUGGAGAGUAUCAACACUGUAACAGAUCCAGGCUUAUAUGCUGUACAGUUUUUCAUACAAACAUCUAGAUCGGCUUCCUGUCACCCUGAAGUCAAACCGUGUGAGACUUGGGUACCAGGUCGCUAUGUUGUAGACUACAAAUUAUGUGGGUACGAGUGUGACAGUAAGGCACCGACAAGAGAGGAUUAUUUCCAGGGUCAAGAAAGUUUCAUUAUUGACCAAGUGUGA